AGGCACUAACCAUGCCGGAAUAGGCGUAAACAUCGAAUCCAAGUAAAACCGAAAACAUCCAUCAACACCAUGAUGUUGGGGGAGACCCACCGCGCAAAUCCAACCGUACACGUGCCACCGUGGACGCCGGAGAUCUUCUCACCGUACACCGGCAAUGCCGAUUACUCUCCGUACUCAUUGCAAGAAGCACUGAGUGCGCUUCAGCACUACGAAUCCACCGAUGCUGAGUCAGACUCGGAGUUUCCGUCUCGGGAACCGGAAGUCCCGGUGGACGCUUACUCCUGCGACCAUUUCCGCAUGUUCGAGUUCAAGGUUCGGAGAUGCGCACGUGGCAGGUCACAUGACUGGACCGAGUGUCCGUACGCCCACCCCGGGGAGAAGGCUCGCCGCCGUGAUCCCCGGAAGUACCAUUACUCCGGCACGGCGUGCCCCGAUUUCCGCAAGGGGAGUUGCAAGAAGGGUGACGCGUGCGAGUACGCGCAUGGGGUUUUCGAGUGCUGGCUCCACCCCGCGCGUUACCGUACUCAGCCCUGCAAGGACGGCACCAGUUGUCGCCGGCGCGUGUGUUUCUUCGCGCACACGCCGGAGCAACUCAGGGUGUUGCCACAGCAGAGUCCGCGGAGUGCUGAUUCAUACGACGGGUCUCCUUUGAGGCAUGCAAUUGAGUCUUCGUGCGCCAAGACUCUGGCACCGGCACCGUUUGUGUCUUCUCCUGGGUCGGUGUCGCCGCCUCUGGAGUCUCCGCCGAUGUCGCCGAUGACUGUGAGUGUUAAUGAGAUGGUGGCGUCUUUAAGGAACUUGCAACUGGGGAAGGUGAAGUCUUUGCCUUCUUCUUGGAAUGUCAUGGGGCCUUCCGGGUUCGGAUCUCCGAGAGGACCCAUGAUCCGACCCGGAUUCUUCAGCCUUCCGACAACCCCGACCCAGGCUCCGACUCGCGGUGGGGUCAACUACUUUGACAAGUGGGAUCAGAGUUGCGAGGAGGAGCCUGUUAUGGAGAGGGUGGAGUCUGGACGAAACAUAAGGGCGAGGAUGUUUGCAAAAUUGAGCAAAGAGAAUCAUCUGGACGGGUCGGAUUCUGGAUCGGGUCAAAUUGGGGAUCCGGAUGUUGGAUGGGUUUCGGAGCUUGUCAGUCGCUGAUUUCAUUUUGUUGCACUUCUCUCGGUGUGUAUAGAAUGCGGGGGAGAAAAAAAAAAGUAAGAUUUAUUUUGGAAGAAGGAUAUCAUCAACUUGUGUUUUCUGUAAAUAGCUCAUUCUCAAGGUAUGGUAUGGGUGAAGAACAAGUUAAUUAAGUGAAAGAGUAGAAUCUUUUUUUUUGGGGGAUUUUCUUGGACGAUCAAGAAGUGAUUUGCAAGAAUCAGGAUCCUAAGCUUUUGUAUAGGUAGCAGCGGAUGAUGAAAUUAUAUUAUUCCCACGUGUUAACUACUGUGUUUAUUAUUAUCACUAAUCUCAUCUCAUUCAUGUAUAAAUUUGAAAUAUUUCUCGGAUAUGUUAUGAAGAAAUUCAAACUUGUCUCCCUUAUAA